AUGGGAAACUCGAAACUACCAAGUGAAGCUCAAGCUAAGUUACAUUCAAGCUUUCUAAAAAAAGCUCUGACUGUUUUAUACAGUUAUAAGGGUCAUUUAAAUGGUUUUGUGACCUUAUUAACAGAUGAAGAAAGUAAACGAAUUUCCUCAAUAAAAGAAGAGGUCGUUAUCUUUCCUAACAAAAACCAUCAUCUACAAACAACGAGAUCAUGGGACUUCUUACACUUCCCACAAAGGAUUCGAAGAGAGCACACAGUUGAGAGCGAUAUAAUUGUUGGAAUAAUCGAUUCUGGAAUUUGGCCAGAGUCAGAUUGUUUUAUUGAUACUGGAUAUGGACCUCCACCAAUUAAAUUGCAAGGGUCCUGCCUUUCUGGUCUCGGGAGAGGUAUAGCUCGAGGAGGAGUCCCGUCUUCGAGGAUCGCCGUUUACAAAGUAUGUUGGUCAACCUGUUGCGAAGAUGAGGACAUUAUUGUAGCAUUUUUUGUUGCCAUUAAUGAUGGGGUUGAUAUAUUAUCAAUUUCUAUGGGAAAUGAUGUUUUAAGCUACUGUGAAGAUCCCAUAGCUUUUAUGAGUUUUCAAGCCAUGAAUAAAGGAAUUUUGACGUCAAUGGCUCCUGGAAACGAUGGUCCGGGACUUUUAUCUAUCAAAAAUGUUGCUCCUUGGGCGCUUACAGUAGCAGCAAGUGCCAGCGAUCGUAAUUACGUUACCAAUUUGAUGUUGGGCAAUGGGAAAACUUUGAUGGGAGUUUCAGUGAACACGUUUGAUCCAAAUGGUUACAGCCCUUUAGUGUAUGGAGGCAGUGUGCCCAAUAAAAGAAAUGGUGCUUCUAGUUCUCAAUCUAGAUUGUGCGAACCGAACUCACUUAAUCCUAUAUUGGUAAAGGGUAAGAUUGUCAUUUGUGACGAAUAUAAUUUUGGAGAAGCAGCUAUUUCUGCUGGAGCAAUAGGUAUGGUGAUACAAGCUAAUGGAACCAAAGAUAACUGUGACGUGUUUGCCCUCCCAACAACUUGCCUUGACAUGCGGAGUACUGGUUACAACAUCAUGAGUUAUCAUAUUGAAGAUACUCAAGUUUUUGAUGCUUCAGCACCAUAUAUUGCAUCAUUCUCAUCUAGGGGACCCAAUCCUAUAACACCUCAUAUUCUUAAGCCGGAUUUGUGUGCACCCGGUGUUAAAAUCUUGGGAGCAUGGACACUUGCAAAUUCUCCUACGAGAUUACAAGAAGAUUUGAGAAGGCUACCAUGUAACAUCGUAUCAGGCACCUCAUCAGCCUGCCAACAUGUUACUGCUGCAGCCGCAUAUGUCAAAUCAUUUCAUCCAUCAUGGUCUCCGUCUGCUCUUAUGACUACCGCCACCAAGAUGAGUGAAGAAAAAACACCUCAAGCAGAAUUUGCUUAUGGAGCUGGCCCGAUAAACCCUGAAAGGGCUAGAAAACCGGACCUUGUGUAUGAUAUUACACUAGUUGACUAUUUGAAGUUUUUGUGCGGGCAAGGCUACAGCAACAAUGAUUUGAAAUUUCUUUCGGGAAUGCAUGGUGUUUGCAACCGUUAUGGAACAGAAAAUGCAUGGAAUUUGAACAUCCCUUCAUUUUCAAUCCCUGUCAUGCCUUCUACUCAUUUUAAUGUCACCUACACUAGGACAGUUACAAAUGUGGGACCUUCAUCAUCCAUUUACCAAGCCCAAAUUAUUGCUCCACCAGGAUUAAACAUACAAGUUGUGCCAAACGUACUUCAUUUCUCUAGUGUCGGACAAACUCAAACAUUUGGGGUGGUUUUCGUAGGAAGGAUUAGUGUAGGGAAUAUUGUUUCUGCUUCUUUGUCAUGGAAAACCUGUAUGGAAUCGUACCUGGUCGGGAAAAAUUUGUGGGACAUCAUCGUAGACGAAAAUGAUGUAGCUCCUGAGGAUGUUGCUGAAAAUGCGGAAGCAUCGAAGAAGCGGAAGAGACUCAAUGCGAAGGCAGAAUUUGUGUUGAAGAGGUGUGGCAAGACUGGACACUUCAAGAGAGACUGUAGAGUAACUUUGAAUGGAAAUUUUGCUAGUUCAAAUCUCGGAGAAAAGUCUAACCAACGUGUUGAGGAGGACUGGGACAAGGCUUUUCAUAUCGAUGAAAUCGAUCAAAGGUGGAUUGUCGAUUUAGGGUGCGGACAUCAUGUUACUGGAGAUGAGUCUGUGUUCUCGUCGAGUCGAGUUCAUAAUGGGGGUGGUGGCAUUGUCAUGACAGAUAAGUCAGUUCAUGAAGUUAAAAGGGAAGGAUCAAUUGUCAUUAAUAACGACAAAGGAGAAUCUAUUACUCUGAAGAAUGUCUACCAUGUUCUAGGAAUCCAGAAGAAUCUCUUCUUAGUAGCAAAUGCUAUAGACGCGGAAAAUCUUGUGUUGUUCGAUCCACAUGAUGUGAAGUUCUUAAAGAAUGUGAAAGAACUAGAACUCGGGUAA